AUGUCCUCUGCGCAGAAGAAGCAGCAGACGAUAUCCUCUUUCUUCAAGAGACCCUCGUCGACUCCUACUCCAAAACCUCGUCCUCCGCAGAUCUCUACGCAAGAACAGGAUGACGAAGACGAUGAGGGGUUGGUACUACCCACGCCAAAGAGACGCCGCAUCACGCCUGUCGAGCAAGAUUCAGAUGAGGUUGAACAUGGAGAAGGGCAAGAAAUUGAGGAACCUGUGAUCCCACUGAGACCUGUCGCUGCCAAUGGACAAACGCUCGCAACAACUGAAUCUGGAGCAUCCGGCACGAGGACGGCAAAAUACUUCUACUCUUCGUCCCCUCAGCAGGAAAACCAGGAUGUCGAGGAAAUCAGCGGGACGGAGAAGAGACGGAGAGACGAACUACACCGGAAGUUUGUGAAGAAGUUGGGAAAGCCUGACAGUAUCGCUGAGAUCAAGCGGCGAAAUCGACUGCUCGAAGAUGACGCUGCCGAGCAAGGCAACGAAGACGGCGAGGAGGAGUCCGUCGACGAGGCACCGAAAUCAACUAGUCGGACUAAGAAAGGUGGCAAUAAGUUGACACCCAUGGAAAAGCAAGUCUUGGAAAUCAAGAGAGCGCAUAUGGACACUUUGCUUGUGGUCGAAGUGGGUUACAAGUUUCGUUUCUUUGGCGAAGACGCCAGGAUUGCGGCCAAAGAACUCAGCAUCGUUUGUAUCCCUGGGAAACUCCGAUAUGAUGAGCAUCCAUCUGAGGCACACCUCGACCGUUUUGCGUCUGCAAGCAUUCCGGUCCAUCGACUGCAUGUGCAUGUCAAGAGAUUAGUUGCCGCCGGUCACAAAGUUGGUGUUGUUCGACAGCUGGAGACGGCGGCGUUGAAAGCUGUUGGCGACAACAGAAAUGCCCCUUUUGUGAGAAAGCUCACGAAUUUGUACACAAAGGGCACUUAUAUCGACGACAUUCAAGGCAUCGAAGAGGACAGUCGAGGGAGCCCUGCCCCGCAAUCGCCGUCGACCGGAUUCCUCCUCUGCAUGACAGAGGUCAAUGUCAAAGGAUUUGGCAACGACGAGAAAGUCCAUGUUGGUUUGGUGGCAGUCCAGCCUGCCACUGGCGAUAUAGUGUACGAUGAUUUUGAGGACGGUUUCAUGCGGAGCGAAAUCGAGACCAGAUUGCUUCACAUUGCGCCCUGCGAGUUCCUCAUCGUGGGCGAGCUCUCAAAGGCAACCGAGAAGCUUGUUGUCCAUCUAUCCGGCAGCAAGACGAACGUGUUCGGCGACAAGAUUCGAGUUGAGCGAGUUGCGAAACCAAAAAACAUGGCAGCUCAAGCACACAGUGACAUAUCAACUUUUUAUGCCCAGAGGCUGAAAGAUGCGCAGCGAGACUCAGGGAAGGCAGCGAAAAUCUUUGAUAAGAUCUUGGGAUUACCAGAAAACGUAUCCAUCUGCCUCUCAGCAAUGAUCAAACACUUAUCCGAAUAUGGGCUCGAGCAUGUCUUCCAACUGACCAAAUAUUUCCAGCCGUUUUCUGCCAGAUCCCACAUGCUCCUCAAUGGAAACACAUUGACAAGUCUCGAGAUCUACUUGAACCAGACGGACCAUUCCACCAAAGGUAGUCUGUACUGGAUGAUGGAUCGAACGCAGACCAAAUUUGGAGGCAGACUGCUGCGGAAAUGGGUUGGGCGGCCGCUAUUGGAUGUCCAAAGCAUCGAAACCCGGCUCAAUGCUGUGGAAGAGCUUCUGAGUCCCGACAAAGCCGUCCCGGCGGAGAAGCUGAGGCGUGUGUUGUCAAAAAUAAGGACCGACCUAGAGAAAAGCCUCAUUCGGAUUUACUACGGGAAGUGCACGAGGCCAGAGUUGUUGAAUGUCCUCCAGUCGCUACAGAUGUUGGCGACCGAAUUCGCGUAUGCGACAAAUACAGAAUCUACUGGUUUCGCCUCGGACUUGAUCUCUUCUGCGAUGGUCUCGCUGCCUGUGAUACUGACAGAAGUGGUGGGAUAUUUGGACAAGAUCAAUCUUCAAGCUGCCAAGUCGGAUGACAAGUACGCGUUCUUCCAGGAUGCUGCAGAGACAGAGGCCAUUUCCGAGCACAAAUUCGGUAUCGCUGGCGUUGAGCAUGAUUUAGAUCAGUUUCGAUCGACUGCCGCGGAGAAGUUGGGCAAGAAGAAGCCUGUUGACUACGUGACUGUGGCUGGCAUCGACUACCUGAUCGAAGUUGAGAACAACUCUGCCACGAUCAAGAAGGUUCCGGCAUCGUGGGCAAAGAUUUCAGGAACCAAAAAGGUGUCCCGAUUUCAUCCUCCGGAAAUAGUGAAGCUUCUGCGAGAGAGGGACCAGCAUAAGGAGUCUCUUGCGGCUGCUUGUGACGAAGCCUUCAGGGACCUGCUAGCCGACAUCAGUACUAAGUACCAGCUUUUCCGUGACACAAUCCAGAGCCUCGCAACCCUAGACUGUCUCCUGUCAUUGGCAAAUGUGGCGUCUCAGCCAGGCUACGUGCGUCCGAGCUUCACGUCCGGCACUCGAAUCGAGGUGCAAGGUGCUCGCCACCCUAUGGUCGAGCAACUCCUCAUCGAUUCUUACGUGCCCAAUAACAUAUCCAUCUCCCAAGAUUCGACGCGGGCUCUGCUGGUGACGGGGCCGAAUAUGGGCGGGAAGUCUUCCUAUGUUCGUUCGGUGGCCCUCAUCACCAUCAUGGCACAAAUCGGGUCUUUCGUACCGGCGGCGUCCGCAACGUUGGGCAUUUUGGACGCGGUCUUCACGCGCAUGGGUGCGUUUGACAACAUGAUGUCUGGCGAAUCGACCUUCAUGGUCGAACUCAGCGAAACGAGCGACAUUUUAAAACUUGCCACGGACCGCAGUCUGGUCGUGCUGGAUGAAUUGGGCCGAGGAACGAGCACGCACGACGGUGUCGCGAUUGCUGCCUCCGUGCUUGACUACCUCGUGAGGGAGCGGAAGUGCUUGACGCUGUUCAUUACUCAUUAUCAGAUGCUGGCACGGAUGGCGGACGGGUUUCCGAAAGGAGAACUCAAAAACGUCCACAUGCGUUUCACCGAGGCCAACGACGAGAACAUCACGUUUCUCUAUGAAGUGGGCGAAGGCGUGGCGCAUCGCAGCUACGGCCUGAACGUGGCGAGGCUGGCAAAUCUGGGCGAGGGUGUGAUUGAAGUCGCCAGGGGGAAAAGUCGGGAGUUGGAAGAGACCACAAAGCAAAGACAGCUGGGCGGGCUUGCCAGGGCGCUGGUGCAAGGACCAAGCGGAAGUGGGCGCCGGAAGGAAAUGGGAGGUGAGAGCCUGGAGGCGUUGGUGGAGGGCAUAGAGAUGCUUUAA